GCUCAAGAUGCCUUCGACGCACAAAAAAGAAAAGCCGUGGGACACGGGUGACAUUGAUAAAUGGAAGGUCGAGCCAUUCAAACCCGAAGAUAAUGUAGCUGGAAAUUUCGCAGAAGAAUCUUCCUUCGCUACCCUCUUCCCAAAAUACCGCGAAGUUUAUCUCAAAGAAGCCUGGCCCGUUAUCACAAGGGCAUUAGAGAAACAUGGGAUCGCGUGCACACUGGAUUUGGUCGAGGGUAGCAUGAUUGUUAAGACGACAAGAAAGACCUUUGAUCCCGCUGCCAUUUUGAAGGCAAGAGAUUUGAUCAAGCUGCUGGCGAGAAGUGUUCCAGUGCAACAGGCCCUCAAAAUCCUCGAAGAUGAUAUGGCUUGCGACAUUAUCAAAAUCCGCAACCAGGUCCGCAACAAAGAGCGCUUCGUGAAACGGCGACAGCGCAUUCUCGGCCCGUCGGGUUCUACGCUUAAAGCCCUCGAAUUGCUCACGAGCACCUACAUCCUCGUACAAGGCAACACUGUUGCCGUCAUGGGACCAUACAAGGGUCUUAAAGAAGUCCGCCGCAUCAUCAACGACUGCAUGGCAAAUAUCCACCCGAUCUACCAUAUUAAGGAACUGAUGAUCAAGCGCGAACUCGCCAAGGACCCGACCCUGGCCCACGAAUCGUGGGAUCGCUUCCUCCCGAACUUUAGGAAACGCACCCUCUCCAAGCGCAGAGUACCGUACAAGGUUACCGAUAAGUCGAAGAAGGUGUACACACCCUUCCCGCCAGCACCGGAGAAGAGCAAGAUCGACAAGCAGAUCGAGUCUGGCGAGUACUUCUUGUCCAAGGAGGCCAAGGCCCGUGCACAGAAGGAGGAGAUCAUGGAACGGCAACGCGCAAAGAGAGAAGAGAAGAUGCUGGACAGGCAGAAGGAUUUUGCUCCUCCUGAGGAGGUGAAUGGCGACGGUGAUACCGAGAAGGCGAAGAAGAAGGAAAAGAAGAAGAACAAACGCAAGCGUGAGUCCGAUAUCGACGGAGAAGUUGACGGCGAGAGCUCCGACAGGAAGGAAAAGAAGAAGAAGAAGAAGAAGAGCAAGAAAGAGGAUGCAAGCGGGGAAGAAUGAGAAAAGUUAAUGACUACUUAAUCGAGCCUGGGUUUUUUCCGAUUCCUUUUUGUUAUUCCAGUUUAUCGUCGUUUCAUGGCGCUAGGGCAGAGCAUGGCUUGGAGUUCUGUUUCUUAUUACCUAGUCAAGAAAUAUAUAUCACAUAUCAUGAUUCUAUGGUGUUGGCCCUUUGUAUGGAACCUGGCUAUAU